CGUCAUCGCCCAGUCAGCUCCACCGAAUGUAAACAUGGUGACAGAGAGGUGAAACAAACGGCGACAUGGUUUUCGAAAGCGUGGUGGUAGAUGUCCUGAAUAGAUUUUUAGGGGACUACGUUGUCAACCUUGACAGCUCACAGCUGAAGCUCGGCAUAUGGGGAGGUGAUGCCAUUCUCACAAAUCUUGAAAUCAAGGAAAAUGCCUUGAGUCAACUUGACAUUCCUUUCAAAGUUAGAGCGGGGCACAUAGGACGGCUGGAGCUGAAGAUUCCUUGGAAGAACCUCUACACUCAGUCAGUGGAGGCGGCGCUGGAUGGUGUCUAUCUACUCAUAGUCCCCACAGCCAGUAUAAAGUAUGAUGCAGAGAAGGAGGAGAAGCAACUACAGGAGGCUCGUCAGAGGGAGCUGCAGAGGAUUGAGGAGACCAAACAGAAAGCUGCUGAGCAAGAUAAUCCUAAACUGGAGAAGCAGGACACCUUCAUGGAAAAGCUGGUCACUCAGGUCAUUAAAAACCUGCAGAUCAAGAUCUCAAACAUCCACGUACGCUAUGAGGAUGAUGUCACCAAUCCCAACUGUCCCUUAUCAUUUGGAGUGUCCCUGCAAAACCUCAGCCUCCAGACUUGUGAUGAGAACUGGAAGCCCUGUCUUCUGGAUGAGAAGGCCAAGCUUUUCUUCAAGCUGGUUCAGCUGGACAACUUGUUUGCCUACUGGAAUGUCAACUCGCUGCUCUUCUCCAAUCACAAUCCAGAAGAGGCCCUGCGCUGUCUCAAGAGCAGCAUGGAGAUCCACAACUUGGUCCCCGUCAGCCAUGACUUCAUUUUUCGUCCUAUCUCAGCACAUGCAAGGCUGCGAAUGAAUCCAAGGUCAGAUGUCGAUUUUUCCUCUCCAAAAGUGGACCUGGCGGUCAGUCUCAGUGAGGUGGCCAUUGAACUCAACAGACCACAGUACAUCAGCAUCCUGGAGCUGCUGGGCUCAGUGGACAUGAUGUCCCGCAACCUGCCGUACCGGAAGUAUAGACCUGAGGUCCAAGUGCACAACAACACCCAUAUAUGGUGGUGGUACGUGAUCACGGGCAUCCUGGAGGUGGAUGUGAAGCCCCGCCUCCACAUGUGGUCGUGGCAGCACAUCCGCUGUCACCGGCAGAUGGUGAAACGUUAUCGGGAACUCUACAAGACUAAGAUCACCAGCAAGAAACCCAGCGAGGAGCUGCUCAAAGAGCUGGAGGAGCCUGAGAGGACGCUGGAUAUUUUUAACAUCACACUGGCCAGACAACAGGCUGAGAUGGAGGCGAGCAAGGCGGGCCUGCGUAUCUACCGUCCAGGGAUAAAGGUGGAGGAAGAGGAGUCUCAGGGCUGGUUCAGCUGGAUGUGGAACUGGGGAGGAGAGGCAGAUACAGAGGCUAAAGAGGUCAAGACUGGAGCUUCAGGUUUCGAUGAGCUGAUGACCCCUGGUGAGAAGGCCAAGCUCUACACUGCCAUUGGAUACAGCGAGACUGCUGUCAAUCCUAACCUGCCAAAAGAUUUUGAGGACAUGAAGGUCAACUUCCACAUGGAGAAACUGACUGUAUCCAUCAAAGACAACAAGGAUAAGAAUGAGAUCAUUAGGCUGACUGUUGGAGAGCUCAUGUCCAUGCUCACGCAGAGACCUGGAGCACAAGCCAUCAAACUCACGGCCAAGCUCAGUUUGUUCGAGGUCACAGGCCUGGCCAGCAACCGGCCCACACCCACCCUUCUCUCAUCAAGGAAGGCGGCUACAGGAACAGGGACCCCACUGCUGAGCAUCCUCUUUGAGACCAACCCUGUGGAUGAGACCGCCGACCAGCGCCUCCACGUAGAGUCACAACCCCUGGAAAUCAUCUAUGAUGCUAUAACAGUGAACAGUAUGUCAGCGUUCUUCAUGCCCCCUGAAGACUUGCAGCUUGAUGAGCUAACAAACGCCACACUGAUGAAGCUGGAGCAGUUCAGAGACCGAACAUCCACUGGUCUGAUGUACGUUAUCGAGACACAGAAGGUACUAGAUCUGAACGUAAACCUGAGGGCGUCCUAUGUCAUCGUUCCACAGACAGGCUUUUAUGAUGCCACUCAGAACAUUAUACUGCUGGACCUGGGACACUUUGAGAUGUCCAGUCAGAGCAAGAAGGAUCUGCCCCAGCUCUCUUUGGGCAGCAGCACCAUUGAAGACAUCAUGUCCAGAGCUUAUGACAGCUUUGACGUUCAGCUUAGCAACCUGCAGCUCCUCUAUAGCAAACCAGACGGGGACUGGAAGAAGGCCCGUAAGCAGAAACAGUCGUCACUCCACAUCCUAGAGCCCGUGGAUCUGAAGGUGGUGUUCAGCAGGGCCAUGGUCGUCACAGACUCCCGCAUGGCAAAGUUUAAGAUCUCUGGAGAGCUUCCUCUGCUGUCUCUUCGCAUCUCUGAUGAUAAAGUUCGAGGUGUUCUGGCCCUGAUAGAAAGCAUCCCUCUGCCUGAGAGCAGGCCUGCGCCACGUAGCGCGGGUCCUCACUCCACUCCAAAGCCAAAACAGUCGUUCACGCCCCAGCUCACACCGAGGAAACCUCCUAAUGUAGCUGACCUGCGAUCCUCGUUAAUUUUUGAGUCAUGUGAAACAAUCAGCUUAACAUCAAUAGGCUCAGAGGAAGAUCUGUUCUAUGACGCUCCCAGCUCUCCAAUUGGGGAUCGGACGUUCUUCCCGGACAACCCGACCCCUCUGCGGCGCGUCGACUCGCUCAAGAGAAUGGUGAAGAAGGACCCUCAGAAGAACAUGACUGACUUCCUCAUGACAUUUGAGAUCAGUGAGCUCUCUGUGCAGCUGUGCCGUCUGUCUGGGACAGAGGAGGUCACGGUGCUGCACUUGGACAUCGAGGGCCUGGGCACCGAGCUGAAACUACGUACCUUCGACAUGACAUCGAACACCUUUCUGCGAGAGAUCUGCCUCAAAUGCCCAGAAUACAUGGAUUCUGAAGAGAAGGACGUUCAUCUGAUCACAACUCUAGACAACACAGAGGAUGACCUGCUCACCCUGGAGUACAUUAAGGCUGAUAAGAAUGGUCCUGAGUUCAAGUCUCUACACAAAAACACGGAGCAGCUCAUCAAGGUGAACUUCUCCUCCCUGGAUGUGCAUCUUCAUACGGAGGCUCUCCUCAAUGCAAUGAACUUCCUCAACAGUCUCGUCCCUCCAUCUACCAAGAAGGAGGGAGGGCAGGAGGAGCUGCCCACCAUCCAAGAGGAGGAUGAGGGUGAAGGAGAAGGAGAGGAGGAAAAGAAGGAGGAGUCUACUGUAGCCAAGAAGCAAACCUCUAAGAAGUCAAAGUUUGAAGAUGUGGUGAAUCUGCACAUCAAAACUGAUCUCAACUGUCUGAAGAUUUUCAUCCGAGGACAGAAAGUCAGGAUCUCAGAGAUCAGUAUUGAAGGUCUGGUAUCUGAGGUCCUGAUGAGGAAGAAGGAAAUGGAGGUUCUGGCCAACCUUAGGAACAUUGUCAUCCUUGACUGUGACAAAGAUGCCCUGUACAAGAAGGCGGUGUCCAUAGCAGAUAAAGAGGUGUUUGCCUUCCGCAUGGUGAACUACACAGAUGCAACAGAGGGAGACGCCUAUCUGGACAUGUGCAAAGUUGACACCUCUGUCACACUGACCGUAGGAUGCAUCCAAGUCGUCUUCCUCAACAAGUUUGUCUCCUCUAUACUGGCAUUCAUCAAUAACUUCCAGGCGGCUAAAGAUGCCCUUGCGGAGGUGACAGUCCAGGCUGCGGAGAAAGCAGCCACGGGUGUGAUGGAGCUGGCGGAGCGCAGCACGCGGAUCGCCCUGGAAGUUCACUUGAAUGCGCCCGUCAUCUUCGUCCCCCAGUCGUCCUCCUCCGCCAACGUCAUCGUAGCCGACUUGGGUUUUCUGUCUGUAAAGAACCGUUUUGCCAAGGAGCCGUGCGAAACCCACGUUAAGAUCCCGCCCAUCGUGGAUAUUAUGACAGUGGGACUGACUGACCUCAAGAUGUACAGAACUACGUAUGAAACGGGCCGGUUUCAGGGAGAGACCCAACUGUUGAAGCCGGUCAGCCUGGACUUGUCAAUCCAAAGAAACCUUUCCUCCACGUGGUACCACAGCAUACCUGACAUAGAGAUCGCUGCUCAUCUCAAACCCAUGAACUUGAUCCUGAGCCAGGAUGACAUGACGGUGGUGCUGCGGACUCUGAGUGAGAACCUGUCAGAGACGUCUGAUGCCAUCUCUCCUCCAGCUCCUGCACCCGCCGCUGAUCCCACGUCUGAUACUGCAUCCAAUAAGGGCUCCCAGGGCUCCCAGGGCUCCGCAGCCACAGGACCAACCAGCAAUAACACAGUGGUGACAGCUGCAGUCGUGGAGACCCAGAAGAACAGCAAGCUGAAGAACACACUCAAGUUAGACUUCAAGUUUGACUCGAUGACGCUGGUGCUGUACAGUCCCAAUGGGAAUGAGGUGCAGCUGCUAGACUCUCGUGAUGAACAGCUGAAGCUGGGAGAGUUCACCUUGGGCACCAUCUCCACCUCCGUCCUCAUGUUCUCCGACAGCUCCAUGAAGGCCUCAGUCCGACUGUCGGACUGCCUGCUGGAUGACAAGAGGCCUCGGGUCAAGAUGGUCACCCCAAGGAUGAUGGCGAUGCGCCCCGGUGCAGAACAGAACAUGAUGGUGGAGGUGAAUUACCGACAGGGCCGUGAAGGCACCACCCUGGACACAACGGUGCAGGAUGUGUACCUGUGUGCCAGCAUGGAGUUCCUGCUCACUGUUGCAGAUGUUUUCCUCAAAGCCUCCCAGCAGGGUUUUGCUCCAGUGCCGCAACCGAAGACCAGCAGCGGUGGAGACAAGAGGAACGCUGCCUCUGCUGCAGCUAAAGAGCCCACUGCAGCUCCGGCAGUGGUGUCAAAGACGGAGAUAAACGUCCUGGUGAAAAACCCUGAAAUCGUGUUUGUGGCUGACCUGACGCGUGCCGAUGCCCCGGCCCUGGUGAUGACCACACAGUGCGAACUGUUGAUGAAGAGUGACGCGGAGGGAUCGCUGAUGACUGCCGUCAUCAAGGACCUCAAGGUGGUGGCGUGUCCCUUCCUGAGGGAGAAGAGGAAAACUGUAACCACAGUGCUGCAGCCCUGUCAGGUGUUCUUCCAGAGCACCCAGUCUCCCACAUCUCCUCAGGCCAUGGAGGUCUGCAUCAACUCUCUCAAACUGAAGGUAUCCCCAAUCAUCAUCAACACAGUGAUCACCAUCCAAUCGGUGCUGACGCCAGCAGCGGAGACGCCCCAGGAGCUGGAGAGCCCUUUACCCCCGGAGCUGUGGGAGAAACGGGGCUGGAAGGAUCUCAAGCUCUGGUUCCUGGAGGAAGAGGGGGAUGAAGAUGCAAAGUCACUAACCCCUCUGAUACCACAGGGAGAAUCGUUGCAGGUGGCCAUCAACUCCAUCUUUCUGACUCUGGAGGCAGGAGUGGGGCACCGCACCAUCCCCAUGCUGCUGGCCAAGUCCUCCUUCCACGGAAACGUCAAGAACUGGAGUACACUCAUUAACCUGCACAGCCAGCUCAACCUGGAGGUUCACUACCACAAUGAGAUAAUGGGAGUGUGGGAACCACUGCUGGAGCCUUUAGAGGAUGACACUAGAGACGGCUUCAGACCCUGGACACUGGGACUGAAGAUGAAGAAGAAGCCAGUGAAGUACAUGGGUGAGUCAGACGAGGUGGAUUACCACGUGCCGGACUACAAGACAGUCAUCAGCAUCAGCAGCAAGGACCAGCUCAACAUCACCCUGUCCAAGUGCGGACUGGCCAUGCUGAGCAAUCUGGGCACGGCAUUUGCAGAGGCUGCCAAGCAGACAGCAGAGUGUUUCCAGAUGGACGAGGCUCCAUUUGUGGUGAAAAACCGCCUGGGUGUGCCCGUGUCCGUCCUGCACAGUGAGAUGUUCAGUCCCAUCGGGCGACAAAGCAUCAACCGCACCGUGGAGCUGCAGGACGGGGAGAGCCUUAACAUGGACUACUCCAGCACGACGGACUCGGACCAGUUCUCUGCUAUGACCUCCCUGAGUGGCAAAGACUACUACAUACAGCCUACUCCAGUGGGCCACACAUCAGCCAGUGUAAUCCCCCUGAUCAAGGUGGGCCGGGGUAUCUACAGCGUGAUGCACAAAGACUCGGGAGUCACUCGGUUCCUGGUGUGUCAGAUCUAUUCUGUAGAGGGCAGCAAGUACAUCAAGAUCCGCUCUCCUUUCCAGAUCAUCAAUCAUUUCUCCAUCCCGUUCAAAGUGUUUGAAGGAUCAACAUGUUUGGGUACAGCUCUCCCUGCUGAGGAGUUCUGUGUGCCUCUGGACUCAUACAGGUCUGAGCUGAGCCUGCAGCCAGUCAUAGGGGAAGACACUGACGAUCAGAGUGCGCAGUUUGAGUCCUCGGAGGGCUUCAGUUAUGAGGACGUCCGAAACCAGGAGCCCGGCACGCGCAUGCAGCAGACCUGCCGUCGGCGUGGAGACCAGGCUGGUGUGCUGAUGGUCAACAUUGUGCCGCUGAGCGACACUGUGACGUCCAAACACACUGGAGGAGUUGGGGAGAACUUUGACGAGCCCUUUGUCCUUCAUCUGUGGCCGUCCAUCCUGCUACGCAACCUACUGCCUUACCCCAUCACCUACAAACUGAAGGACAGCGGCGACUCUGCCCCUGAGGCCACUCUGAAGCCAGGCCACUCCGCCCAGCUUCACACGGCGGUCAUCAACCAGUCAAGCCUUGCUCUUCGCCUGCUUGACUACUUGGCUCAGGAUUGGUCUGCUGAGUACAGUCUCCACAGCGACCAGGAAGAGAUCACCUUCAUCGUGUUCCAGUCUCUCCGAGAGGAGGAGGAGGAGGAGGAUGGAGGGGGACACGGGAGGUACAGGCCUGAGCUGGACAUAGCAGUGCAUGUUAAAUACGACCCUGGGCAGACGGUGGUGGCUAUCCAUUCACCUUACUGGAUGGUGAAUAAGACAAGCAGGUUGCUGCAGUACAAGGCAGACGAUAUCCACCGUAAACACCCCCUGGACUACGACAUGCCACUCCUCUUCUCCUUCAAGCCUCGAAACUUUCUGCAGAACAACAAGGUGCGCCUUAUGAUCUCAGACAGUGAACUAUCGGAUGAAUUUUCUCUGGAUACAGUCGGCAGCUAUGGAGAUGUGAAAUGCAAAGGCAAAUACAAAGAUUACCUGCUUGGCGUGAAGAUUGAUGCCAGUAGUUUCAGUCUGACCCGCAUCGUGACCUUCGUGCCGUUCUAUCUGCUGGUCAACAGAACCAAGCACACGAUUCAGAUAAGUGAGGAGGGACAGGACAGCUGGACCCAGCUUUCACCAGAACAGUCGGCCAUUCCAUUUUGGCCCGAGAAAGACACCAAGAAGCUGGACAUCAAAGUGGAGGGUUGUGAAUCGCCUCCUAGGACUCUUGAUUUUACACGUCCAGAGAACUGCUUAUUACUGCAUCUGGACAAUACUCUGGGCGGGAUCAUUGUCGAUGUGAACCUAUCAGAGCACUCAGCUGUGAUCCGCUUCUCCGACUACCAUGAUGGCGCUGCUCCCUUCCUCAUCAUCAACCACACCAAGGAUCAGAUCCUGCAGUUCCACCAGAGCGGGCGGAGAAAUUCCACAUGGGUGGCUGACGAGCUGCUCGACCUCUCCUUCUCACUGGAGGAGGACAGCUCUCAGAAGGAGACGGAGGAGAAGGAUGAGCUGGAGCCAGGUAAAGCCGUGUACUACACUUGGACUAAGCCCACUGGGUCCCGAGAGCUGUGCUGGAAGUGCAGCGGCUACAGUGGCACGCUGAGGAGUGAGGAGGAUCUGCGCCAGGACAUGAAUAAUGAGGGAAAGCUAUUCCUGAUCUCCUUCUAUGAAGGUCUCCAGCGCGUGGUGCUGUUCACGGAGGAGCAACGCAUCUACAAGAUUAUUUGUGAGAGUGAGAAGGCACAGCUGGCUGAACAGGAAAUCAUCCUGUCCCUGUGGGAUGUGGGUGUGUCUCUGGUCAACAACAGCAGCGGUCAGGAAGUCUCUUUCAUUGGGAUCACAAGUUCUGAUGUGGUGUGGGAGUCCAAGCCAAAGAAGAAGUCUCGGUGGAAGCCUCUGAGCCAUAAAGACGCUGACAUCCUGGAGAACAGCUUCAGAGAGUACAUCGAGUCUGGGCCCAUAGACAACGGCAUUCUGGACCUGGAGAACAGCUUCCAGGUGUCCUUUACACCCAAUGGCACAGAUAUGCGGAUCCUGCAGCCGUAUGAUUCUCCUGUCAGGAGAAACUUCCUGCCUGCGGUGAAGGUGGAGUACAGCGUCUCUCCACGACAGAGUGCCUACCGAGUCCAAAUCAACCGCAUACAGAUCCAGAAUCAGCUGCCAGGGGCCAUCUUCCCCUACGUCUUUUAUCCUGUAAAACUGCCCAAGUCCGUCACCAUGGACUCAGAACCCAAACCCCUAACAGACAUCAGUAUCGUGACCAGAGCAGCGGGACACUCUGAUAUCUCUCGCAUCAAGUACUUCAAGGUGUUGAUUCAGGAGAUGGAUCUGAAGUUAGACCUGGGCUUCCUCUAUGCCAUCCUGGACCUUUUCACCCCAGAGAACGCCAGCACCAUGAGCUCAGAACAGGAGGUGGAGCUGUUCGAGAAGGACAUAGAGUAUUUGAUGACAGAGCUAAAUCAUGUCUCUGCUGCCGACACUUCUCCUAUCAGCCUCUACGAGUAUUUCCACAUUUCUCCCAUCAAGCUGCACCUGAGUUUCUCUCUGAGCACGGGAGGGGAGGAUGGCCUGAAGGCGAAGAGAGAUACAGAGCUCAUUCCUGUCCAGUCCCUUAACCUGCUGCUCAAAAGUAUUGGAGCCACACUCACUGACGUUCAGGAUGUUGUCUUCAAGUUGGCUUUCUUUGAGUUGACUUUCCAGUUUUGUACCACCCAGCAGCUACAGUGGGAGGUCAUCAGACAUUACUCCAAGCAGGCUAUUAAACAGAUGUAUGUGUUGGUGCUGGGUCUGGACGUGCUGGGAAACCCCUUUGGGCUGAUCAGAGGACUGUCUGAGGGAGUGGAGGCCUUCUUCUACGAGCCGUAUCAGGGAGCCAUUCAGGGACCAGAGGAGUUUGUUGAAGGAAUGGCUCUUGGGGUGAAGGCUUUAGUCGGAGGAGCUGUAGGGGGCAUAGCAGGUGCGGCCUCCAGGAUCACAGGCGCCAUGGCAAAGGGCGUCGCUGCCAUAACGAUGGACGAGGAGUACCAGCAGAGGAGACGAGAAGCCAUGAACAAACAACCCAGCAGCCUGAGAGAGGGACUGACCAGGGGUGGAAAGGGACUGGUGUCUGGAUUUGUCAGUGGGAUCACAGGAAUCGUUACCAAGCCCAUAAAAGGUGCCCAGAAAGAAGGUGCAGCGGGCUUCUUCAAGGGUGUGGGGAAGGGUUUGGUUGGUGCAGUUGCCAGACCCACAGGGGGCAUCAUUGACAUGGCCAGCAGUACCUUCCAAGGGAUCAAGAGGGCAGCAGAGACUUCACAGGAUGUUGAAUCUCUGCGUCCUCCUCGCUUCAUCCAUGAGGACGGCGUCAUACGGCCGUAUAAGGAGAGGGAGGGCAUCGGCAGUCAGAUGCUCCAGAAAAUUGAGAAUGGACGUUUUGCCAAGUAUAGAUACUUUGCUCAUGCCAAGGUCAACGAAUCUGACUUCCUUAUGAUCACCAAGAGGGGCAUCUUUUUUGUGACCAAAGGCACAUUUGGCCAGUUGACCUGCGAGUGGCAGUACCUGUUCGAUGAGUUCACCAAGGAUCCAAUGAUUGUAGAGGACCGGCGGCUUCGCAUCGAGGCUAAGGAGAGAGUCAAGUCUGUCUUCCAUGCCAAAGAGUUUGGAAAAAUCAUCAACUUCAAAACUCCGGAGAUAGCCAAGUGGGUUCUGGCCAAGCUGGAGGACGCCAGGGAGAGUUUACCCAAAUACUGAUGCAGAGGAGCAAGAGACCAGCAUCGAGGAGUGAUGAAAAUGAACACACUGCAAUACACACGCUCACUCUUUCACUGCACACACACACACACACACACACACACACACACGCACACACACAUACACAUGCGCACACACACACACACACACACACACACACACACACUGUCAGUGCCUUUGUUCUUUACUGCAUGCUAGUUUUGUUUACUUCCAUUUGUGACUAGUCGUGCAUACAAGGUUGUAAAUACAUUGACUGUUAGAGUAUGUGGGUGUGUGUGGUUGUGUGUGUGUGUGUGUGUGUGUGGGAGUGAGGGACAGUGAGUAAGUGAGUAGUUAGUGUGCAUGCACACAAACUACUCUUUAUCUUUGACAGGUGACUAACAUAGGUUUUAUUCACCGCGGCACACUGAACCAAACUUUUAGCCUCACCACGCUCUGAUUGCACUUUUUGCCACAUGUUUUCAAACACACUUUUUUUCUCUGAUUGUCUUUUACUUGACACCGUAGAAAACGAAUCGAUGCCUGACUUACAGAAACACAUCUCGGUAUGUGUCAGUGUUGAAUGCUGGUGCCAUCGGUGCAUUUUAAUUCUCUUAGUCACUUCCUUUGCAUUUCUUCUGUUCGCCAUGCGCAGGCACACACGGAUCGAGUCACUCAUUUCACUUAGUUGAAGAAAUUUCAAGUGAUUUUUGCCUGUAGACAUGAGUCUGUCUUAUUUCCUUUUAAAUACCAUUGCCGGAUUCACCUUGUAAGACAUGGCAGAAAAAAACAUGCCUUGAAUAACAGCUAGUCAAACCAACCAUAUUCAUUGUCGCCCUUAAUGUGUUUUACAAUGUUUAUUUUAAUGGAUUAUGUAAAAGGGAAGAUGAGUUACUAAUUAAAAAGUUUGAGUAUGGCUUUCUAAUAUAAAUUGUGCGAGAUUUACUGUCCCCCAAAUCCCUGUUUUCCUUUUAAUGUCCUUAAAUCCUUCCUGUUUUUCUAUGUUUCUGCAAGAUUCAGACUGUUCAGUGUGUGAUUUAGAGACGCAUGCUAUUUUUAUACUGUACUUACAUCUAUCAAUCUGCUGUAUAUUCAUGAGAUAAUAACGUGUAUAUAUCCAUCCUCACACAGUAGUCCAUAUUAUGGCAUUGCGGAUUGUAAUUUUGUGAUUUUUAUGUUUUUAUACCACAGGAAUGCAAUGCCAGCUGUGACAGAGUUAUGCAGAGAAAAUAUAUAUUAAAGAAAAAAAAACUAAUGCAAAUAUUAUCAUCAGCUGCUAAUUGAGUUAUUUUAAAGGUUUGCUUUUCGUUUUGGGUGCAUCGCUAUUUAUGUAACUAAACGUCUGUUGCCUACAUGUUUGUACUGCCUUAUUGUUUGUCAUGUAUCUUUUCGGGAAGCAACAUGAUCACUGCAGUGGCUUGAAUUAUUUUGCCAUUUUGAAAAAAAAAAUAAAAAUGUCCGUGUUUCAAA